GCGAAUUGAAUACAAAGAUAUUGUUUUCUUUACUUAAAGAAUGGCAUAGUAGUAUAGUGGUUAUUACCCAAAUGUGAUAAGGCCGAAACCGCCUACAUUUGGUCUUCCUUGUAUCCUCACGAGCUUUUGUUGAGAAAGAUCAAAGAGGAAGAAAUGCGUGAAAAUCCCAAGCUUACCAACGCCUUCAAAGCUUCAAAAGACUCGUCAAGUGAAGAGUCAAGUGAAUCAAGUGAUGAUUCAAGUGACUCAAGCUCCUCGGAAGAGUCAAAUGAUGAGGAAGAUGAAGAGAAGGCAAUGAGAAUGAAGUAUAUGGAUUUCCUAAAAUGGAAAAAAUACGUGAAGAGGAAAGUAGUAUAUUCAAAGCCGAAAAAAGAGCGGCAUAAGCCAAGAUCUGAGAAGGAGCCGCUGCCCCCGUCAGCCGCGCAGGAGCAGCCGCUAAUCCGUCCAGGCGCCGCCGCGGAGGAAUCGUCCCACAACCAGACGUCGCCGUCGCUGAAGGAGAAGUGAUUCUGUCGAGCGAGACUGCCGUCGGGUUGAGGAGCCGCCGCCGCCGCUGAGUUGAGGAAUUCGCCGCCCCAUCGUUCGGAUCACAGAGAAGGUGCCGCCGCCCUCCGUCCAGCCGUCAACCGCCGUGUGUGAGCAGGUGUCGUCCGACCGCUCACCGAGUAGCCACCGUCGUCCUGCCAGAGAGCCGUCGCCAUCCGCAGAUUUGUCGCUGUCUAGAGAAGGUGUAGUCGCUGACCCAAGCCGCCGCUGAGGAGUCGUCC